GCUGAGGGACCGCAACAUGAGUGGCAGUUCUUUAUAAUAGUUGUAUUACACCGCUGGCCAAAGUAGGUAGCUCGUACGUGGAAUGGUGCAUUGAAUCUGUAGAGAUCUCUGGUAUCGGUUUGCAUCUGCCAAUUGAAAUAUUUUCAUUAGAUCCAUACUAUUUCAAAGUCAAAUCAAAUCAAAACAGCUUCUUAGCGGACGAAGAAAUUUCAGAUCUUUCGAAUACAACACUUGAGCACAAGACAAAUAUGUAUAUACGGUAUAUAUACUGAAAGUUUUAAAGAGGCAAAGAGGACUUGUCACUGAGGUCUUCGUACAAAAUAAUGGUUUAAUGAGGGUCUGUUGAAAUCUCACUUCUGCAAAUAUGUAUAAAUUACUUGGUGGAUUAAAAGGCUACUUCAAGAGGCAGGAUAUCUAUAUUGAUAAUCCGAUAUUCCGCUUGCAUAAUACUUUUACAACUGCACUACUUUUGGCAUGUAGUCUUAUCAUUACUGCAACUCAAUAUGUUGGGCAACCAAUUAGCUGUAUAGUCAACGGGAUUCCUACUCAUGUCGUCAAUACGUUUUGCUGGAUUUCCAGCACCUUUACUAUGCCAGAUGCCUUCAGGAGAGAGGUUGGCCGAGAAGUGGCCCAUCCUGGUGUAGCAAAUGAUUUCAACGAUGAAGAAGCGAAAAAAUAUUAUACAUAUUAUCAAUGGGUGUGCUUUGUUUUGUUCUUUCAGGCAACCGCUUGCUACCUACCGAAGGUGUUAUGGGAAGCAACUGAAGGUGGACUGAUGCGAACUAUCGUGAUGGGAUUAAAUGUAGCAGUUUACAGAGAAGAAGAAAAAUGUGCGAAAAAACAAGCUCUUAUAGAAUAUGUCUUGAAACGGUUAAGAAGGCAUAAGCUGUACGUCUUACGUUACUUCGCCUGCGAAGCAAUAUGUUUAAUAAACAUAAUCAUACAAUUAUGGUUGAUGAAUCGUUUUUUCGAUGGAGAAUUCUACUCAUACGGAUGGAGGGUAAUGCAUUUUUCGGAACAGCCUCAAGAUCAACGACUAGACCCAAUGGUAUACGUGUUUCCCCGGGUGACAAAAUGCAUUUUCUAUAAAUAUGGUGCAUCUGGAACGCUGCAAAAACAUGAUUCUCUCUGCAUAUUACCACUCAAUAUAGUGAAUGAGAAAACAUACAUAUUCAUCUGGUUCUGGUUUAUUAUUUUGGCUAUUUUGCUAGGGUGCUUAAUGGUUUACAGAAUCGCAAUUAUAUUUAUGCCAUCAUUUCGUGUUCGUUUGUUAAACACGAUCAACCGCAUGGUGCCGCGUGAAGCUGCAGAAUCAAUUUCUCAAAAAACAGAUCUCGGAGACUGGUGGAUUAUAUAUAUGCUCGGAGGGAAUCUUGAUCCUCCAAUUUUCAAAGAUGUUGUAGCAGAACUAGCAAAGCAGAUUGAACCGCCGAAGAAAAAUGGAAAGCAUCGUCUAUAAACAAAUAGACAGUUAAACGAGGCCUUGUAAACAAAAUACUAGAACUGCCAUACACAAAAAUAAGCACAAGAUUUAUACUCAACAAAUUUAGAAAAUGCUCUCGUCACGUUCCUGAAUCUUUUCGUGGUAAACUUUACGCAGCUUAGAAAUUUUGCAUUCCAUGAGAAGUAUAUUUUUAAAACAUCAAAUAG